UAGCUGGCCUCCUCUCUGAACUGUACCAGACAGAUUUUAAUAAAACUCAACCUUGCAAGCACUGAGCAGGAGAGUGAACUUUCCUUGAACAUACGGCAGGUUAUCUCCGUAUCCUUCAUAAACUCCUGAGUCCAACUGCCUGGAAGAAGACAUGAAGAUGCUCUGCAGGAAAAUCAUUAAACCUGGAGAUGAUCACAAAACACAAAUGUUUACUUUGUAAAUUUGAAACAGCGUCAGCUAUAGCAACAUCUUCAAGUCGAGCCAUCUGUACAGGAGUCGACAUUUUCCUUUGGCGUUCAUCUGCCAAAUGGAGGCUUCUCUCUGUUUUUUAUCAGCUAAGCUUGGGGCAGUGAAUGACGCGCAACAAAGGAACAGCCUCCAUGUUUUUAAGACAUUAUCUGUGUACAUGUCUACACAUCUGGAGGAGCAAUUCAAGCUGCUUGUCCGUGACCCACAGCCUCAGGCAUGAGCCCCCACGCUAGCUCUAAAAGCAGUAGUGAGAAUCUGCUUUCUUCCUUCAUCCAUGUGAAAUCUGUACGUCUUUAUCCGCCAAAGUUACAGAAAGUAGCUGGAAAAGGCAUCAAGUCUGUUUCAGUGAAUAUCUCCAGAAAAGUUAAGUGAUUCGGCUUUGAACAACUCCAAAGCGGUACCGCUACCAGCUCUGAGAUCUUUCAGUGUUUUAGGAGGUCGUUAUUUAUGUAAUUCCCUCCUGAGCUGUCACUCUUCAGGUGAAAUGUCCCCGUCGUGGACCAAAUCGAAGGAAAAGAAAUGGGUCAGUGGUGCCGUCGGUGAAUGAAAGCCGCAAAGAUGUGACAGGCUUGAGGAGCCGGAGGGGAGAGGAAGACAAAGGCGCUCGGAAACCGAGGGAGAUGAACCAACUUAGAGGCGCCGCGGUGACAUUGAUGUUCUCUGAUGUUGUCUGCUUUCUCUGAAUUCAAAUUAUGACGCGACGUCACAGAACUUUGUCCAGGGCGCAUUGAAUGUUUGCAUGUGUUAUGCAUGUGAGCACCGCUGCGUGUGCAUCACACAAAAUGUGCAUGCGUGUGUUGAUGUGCGUGAUGUCAGUCUGCCCACGGCGGUGCAGUAAAAUGGCUUCUGAUGAAUAUAAAUCAGGUGACUGAACAGGCCGGGGUUUCUUCCCAGACCAGCUCAGAAGAUUGUGUAAUGCCCACUCCUACGCUGGCCGUGCGCGCACAUACACACUACCUCUGCUGCAACUGGGUGAACAGCACAUCCACAACUGUGUUUACCAGUCAGUCUUCAGAUCAGACCACCAUGGUAGAGGGUACGCACUGAGGCUCACCGGGGUUAUUUGGAGCGCUCGAAUGGUUUUCUUUUGAAUUCAACCGACCACAGUGAUUUGGUAUUUUGGACUUCCGAGCCUAAGCUGGAACUUCAUCCUCCCGUGAAUGUUGAAGCAAGCUGUGGACCCUCAGAAACCAGGAGGUGAGGUUCUGACAAUGUGGAUCCCAACCCCCAGCAUGACCGUCUCGCAGCGGAUGGUGCUGUACGGGACGUGCGUGGUGGCGCUGGUCAACUCCGUGGGCCUCCUCGUCCUCAUGGUCCAGCAGAGUCAGCAGCACGCGCGGCUGGAGCAGACCGAAGCGAGGCUGGCCGAGGUGGAGCAGAGCUCGGUGGUGGAGUUCUUCCAGGAGGUGCCGAGGGGAGCGGCGGGGCUGCGAGCGGGCCCCGGGGACCGCUCGCAGUACCAGCAGUACUCCAGGAACAAGAGGAGCGAGGAGCUGGAGAAGGACCUGCAGCGGGAGCGUCACCAUGACGACGAAGGGAAGGGGUUACGCCUGAAGGAGGCCAGCCAGGAGGUCGGGGAGGAGAAGGACGAGAUGAAGCACGAGCUGAAGCACAAGCACCGACACGGCCAGCAUUACAACACACAGGAUGACAUGAUGAUGAUGAUGACUUACUCCAUGGUGCCGAUCAAAUUGCUGAUUGACAUCUGCAACAGCACUAAGGGAGUCUGCCUCGCUGGACCGCCGGGGCCGCCGGGUCUGCCUGGUGCAGACGGCUUGCCAGGCCACAAUGGGACCGAUGGCAUCCCAGGACUGAAUGGACUGCCUGGAGCGGAUGGAAAAAGAGGGAAGAAGGGACCUCCGGGUGAGAAAGGAGAACCAGGAGAACAAGGAGAACAAGGAGAGCCUGGUCCACCCGGAGAAGCAUAUGAACCAUCCAAUGAUGUCAUUGUUGAGGGGCCUCCUGGUCCUCCUGGCCCUCCAGGGCCUCCUGGACCCAUGGGACCUCCUGGGCCUCAAGGGCCUCCUAGGACGAGGCACCACAGAGCUCACCUGCAAACCGCUCAUACUCUGGGGUUGUUGCACGCCGUGCCAAACGACGAAACUUUGACCGUGAAACAAGCUGUGAAACUUCACGAAAAGCCGGUUAAGAACGAGUGCCUCAUCAAGUCUCUGAUAAAUCCCAGAAUUGUGGCGAAGAUGGAGAGCACGUUUGGCACGUGGAUGAAAGACACAGCUCACCUGGACGACGAGAGGAUAUGGGUGGCAGAACACUUCUCAGGCCGCAUGGUGAAGGAGUACCAAAGCAUGGCUGCUUUCCAGAACGGCAGCAGCGAGACGGUGGAUGUUAGGAAGUUUUACCAAGGCUGCGGCCACACCGUCCACAACGGCUCUCUCUACUAUCACAUCGCUGGUACUUCUACCAUCGCCAGAUUUGACUUCAGAACCAGGCGGCUUCACACUCUCUACGUAGACAACGCCUUGUUCAACAACCUGUCGUAUCUGCUGACAAACUCCAAGACCUAUUUCAAGAUGGCGGCAGACGAAAACGGCCUGUGGUUGAUAUUUGCCUCGGGAGCGGAUGAGAGCAUCCUGGUAGCCCAGCUGGACCAGAAGACCUUCUCCGUCACGUCCUACAUAAACACCACGUACCCCCGCACCAAGGCCGGCAACGCUUUCAUCGCCUGUGGCGUCUUGUACGUCACCGACACCAAGGACGCCAGAGUUACCUUUGCUUUCGACUUGCUGAAGGGGAAGGCAGUGAAUAUGACAUUUGACUUGAGGUCUCCUGGGGGAGUUUUGGCUAUGCUCUCCUACAGCCCGAAGGACAGACACCUGUACGUUUGGGACCAGAGCUACGUCAGGCUCUAUGUGGUCCAUUACAUCUCUGAUGAGUGAUAACCGCAGACACAACCAUUACGUCAUGCUCUCGAAGCAAACCCCGUGUUGAUGUUGACACAGUUAUUGCACUACUAGAUUUAGCGGGAAAUAUACAUUAGUCUUCAUUGUCAUGUGGAACAUUUAUCCAAAUGAGUCUGAACAGAUUUUAAAUAGUUUUUUUUUUCUACAGGAAACUGACUUUAUAUUGUUUGUGCGUUUGUUCUUGCAUGAGUUGAAAGUGGUAUUUCAGUGUUACUAAUAGACUGAACUCGUUUUUUAGAAUUUUGUAUUUUUUCACUUUACACACUUUUAACAUUUCAGUAUCUUUAAUGUUGCAACUUUUAACAAGCACCAAAAUCUCCUUAAACACCAAAAAUAACUUGUUUUCUCCACUACAAGUAAAAAAAAAAAAAAAGCUGUGAUAAAUACCUGUUGUUGCGAACUGAACCAAUGAUUUACCUUCUGUCUGUUUUUGAUGAUAAAUGCAUGGCAAUCCAUAUUUUGUAGAAAGUUUAUACCCCCCAAUUAUCCAUAUCCAUGGCAGAUUUACAUUUAAACUUUAUUUUACCAACAUAUUACUUCCAAUUAGAAGUAAUAUUACAGUUUGUUGUGGCUGUAGAUACAAUGUGGAAAUAUGUAAAUAAGCAGUUAAAAAAAAGGAAAACACUCAGAUUCACUUCCUUUCAGAAACAAACUUUUUGUUAAAUGAAAACGAUUUUAAAGCAAAAUCUGCCAAGCAUAUGGAUAAUUUUGGCCUUAGCCGCAACGUUUGCAUGUUUUCUACAGUUUGUGGUGAAUCAGCAUCAGUGCUGACUGACUACGCCUCUCAAUAAAAAAAAACUUUUAAAAAGAAAAAGAAAGCAAACCCGAUGAAAUAAAAAUCAUUUAUUCACUUUACAAAGGUAAAACUGUUACCUUGACCCGUCUCUCACAAACACCCCCAGGCUCCAUGGCCCUGGCAAACAUCUAACGAUGAUAUUGGCUUUCUUUGCAUGCACACGCGCACACGCACACACACACACACACACACACGCACAACGAACAGCAUUGGUAAAACUCCUAAAACACAUACAGCACAUGUAGUGGGCAGAAAGAGGGAGGAACACUAAUCUCUUUAAUAAAUACCACACACUUAACAAAAGUCACAACUAAUCCAACUGGUAUGAUACAAACCAAAAAAUAAAGAAAUGUCUUCAUGUUUGUACAAGCUGUUGUUGUAGUUCGUACUGUAUAUAUAUAUAUAUAUUUAUAUUUAUAUAGUAAAACUAUCUUAAACGCUUUACUACCAGGGCAAAUAAAGCCAUACAUUCAUUUGUAUACAACAGUUUCUUUGAUAACCUAUAUAUUUGAAAUAAACUUUUAGUGUCUUCUUAAUUUGAGUGCAAAUAUCUAUUUUCUCAUGGAUGAAAUAAAAACAGCUGGCGAGGUAAACACACAAACGGUAGACUGUUGCACGUCGUCCAAUCGGAAACAGUGAAAGCUCUUACAUUCCUAAAAUUAAAGGCAAUAAGUUAAAACAGUUCUUCAAAGGAACAGUAAACCAAACACAAACAUAUAAAUACUUUAAAUAUUAAACUCAACUCAAUUAAAACAACAACAACAACAAAAGAAAACAACCCACAAACAUACAACCGAUAUCGUUUUGUGCAAAAACCAGCAGUGAACCUUUGUGUUUCUGCUCUGGGCGGUCGGGUGUUUAGCGUUAGACGACA